AGCGGAAGUCGGUGUUGCCAGGGCCAGCGCUGACGCAGGCGGAAGCGUCAGGGGAAAAAAGGGAAUGGCGGCGGCGGCUGGUGUGAGCGGUGUACCGGCACAAGACGAGCUGGUCCGCUCGGUCACCCUGUACCGCCGCCGGCCCCGGCUGCUCAGGGGCACGGUGCUGCCGUUCUCCGUGCUGUACCCGGCCUGGCUGUACCUGUGGGUGGCGGUGUACGGGGUGGCCGAGUACCCGGAGGCCGGGCUCAUCUGUCUGGCGGCGCUGGGGGUCAUCCAUGUCCUCACCAUGUUGUCGGGGCUGUGGUCGGUGCACGCCCACUGUGCUCUGUCCUGCACAAAGGAACCAAACACAAAAACUGCCACCUUGGCUAAAGUGGUACCCACGCCCAACAACGGAUCCGCCGAACUAGUGCCACUCAUUAGAGAAAAGAGUGAAGAUGGGCAGGAGACGCUUAGCUUUGAAUUCCAAAAAAUCAAGUAUUCUUAUGACUCGGGGGAGAGAAAGGAGUUCUUCCCGGUUGUAUUUUGUGUGGAACGCCCUCUGUCCUACUAUCAGAGUGCAAAGGGUUACAUGGAAGAGGCCGACAUCAAAGUUGCCGAGAAAACCUAUGGCGCUAACAAGGCUGAGAUGGUGGUGCCCGAUUUCUUACACCUGUUCAAGGAGAGAGCCAUUGCCCCCUUCUUUGUCUUUCAGGUGUUCUGUGUGGGGCUCUGGUGUUUGGAUGAGUACUGGUAUUACAGUGUCUUCACCCUCUUUAUGUUGGUGGCGUUCGAGGCCUCGCUGGUCCAGCAGCAGAUGAGGAACCUGUCGGAGAUCAGGAAGAUGGGGAACAAGCCUUAUAUGAUUCAGGUCUACAGAAAUCGGAAGUGGAGGCCGAUCUCCAGCGAUGAGAUUAUUUCGGGAGACAUUGUGUCCAUAGGCAGAUCGGCCAAUGAGAACUUGGUUCCCUGUGAUGUGCUGCUUCUGCGGGGGCGAUGUAUUGUGGAUGAAGCGAUGCUGACCGGGGAGUCUGUGCCUCAGAUGAAGGAGCCUAUAGAAGAUUUGGACCCGGAACAUGUUCUAGAUCUGAACGCUGACUCUAGACUACAUGUCAUAUUUGGGGGCACGAAGGUUGUGCAGCACACCCCUCCUCAAAAGGCGACCAGUGGCCUCAAGUCACUGGAUAACGGAUGUGUGGCCUAUGUCCUAAGGACGGGAUUCAAUACUUCACAGGGGAAGCUCCUGCGCACUAUCCUGUUUGGAGUGAAACGUGUCACCGCCAACAAUCUGGAGACCUUCAUCUUUAUCCUCUUCCUCUUGGUGUUUGCCAUUGCUGCUGCAGCUUACGUAUGGAUAGAAGGCACUAAAGAUCUCAGUAGGAACCGCUACAAGCUAUUUUUGGAGUGCACGCUAAUCCUGACCUCCGUUGUCCCGCCAGAGCUUCCGAUUGAGCUCUCCCUGGCAGUGAACACCUCGCUGAUCGCUCUGGCCAAGCUCUACGUGUACUGUACUGAGCCAUUCCGAAUCCCCUUUGCUGGCAAGGUGGACAUCUGCUGCUUUGACAAGACCGGGACGUUAACCAGCGACAGCCUUGUUGUCCGCGGUGUGGCCGGGCUAAAAGAUGGAAAGGAUAUAACACCUACCUCUGACAUCCCCAUCGACACUCACCGAGUAGUGGCCACCUGUCACUCUCUUGUGCAGCUGGAUGAUGGCACAUUGGUAGGAGAUCCCCUAGAGAAAGCCAUGCUCACUGCUGUGGACUGGGCCCUCACCAAAGAUGAGAAAGUGUUUCCUCGAAGCAUUAAAACCCAGGGCCUGAAAAUCCACCAGAGAUUCCAUUUUGCCAGCUCCCUCAAGCGGAUGUCUGUCCUGGCCUCGUACGAGCGGCCCGGCUCCACUGAUCUGUGUUGCGUGGCCACGGUUAAAGGAGCGCCGGAGACGCUACACAAGAUGUUCUCUCAUUGUCCAGAGUUUUAUAACCAAGUGCACACUGAAAUCUCCAGAGAAGGGGCUCGGGUUCUUGCCCUGGGAUACAAAGAACUUGGGCACCUCUCUCAUCAGCAGAUCCGUGAAAUCAAGAGGGAGACCCUGGAGUGUGAUCUAAAGUUUGCAGGCUUCAUUGUGGUUUCCUGCCCCCUGAAAGCAGACUCCAAAGCCGUCAUCAAAGAGAUACAAAAAGCAUCGCACCAUGUUGUGAUGAUCACCGGAGACAACCCUCUCACUGCCUGCCAUGUAGCGCAGGAGCUCAGCUUCAUUGAAAAGGAGGACACAUUAAUCCUCCAACCUACUAACAAUGCGAAAGGUGCCCGUUGGAUAUGGCAGUCCAUUGAUGGCACAGUAUCUCUGCCUGCUUUCCCAGACUCUGUGCAAGCCUUCACCGAUAAGUACUACCUAUGCCUGACGGGGGAGGGCCUGUCCUACUUGCAGGCCACCAGAGCGGACAUGUUGUCUGCUCUCAUCCCACACACUCAGGUGUUUGCACGAGUGUCCCCCAAACAAAAGGAAUUUGUGAUUACGAGUCUGAAAGAGCUGGGCUACAUCACAUUGAUGUGCGGAGAUGGGACUAAUGACGUUGGGGCGUUAAAACAUGCUAAUGUGGGGGUAGCCCUACUCGCCAAUGCUCCAGAACGCCUACCUGAGGAGAGGAAGAAGAAGCCCCGGGAAACCGUGACAGAGGGCAGACCUGCUGGACCAUUCUCGAGCAACUCCAUCAAGCCCACUUCCAGGGCGGCAAGGAACCGGAUCAUGAUCCAGCGAGAGGAACAACAGGCUCAGCAGAGGGAGCGGAUCAGCCAGGUCCUGAAGGAGUUGGAGGAGGAUCAGGCGCAGGUGGUGAAGCUGGGAGAUGCCAGUAUUGCUGCUCCAUUUACUUCUAAGCUGUCGUCCAUACAAUGCAUCUGCCACGUUAUCAAGCAGGGCCGCUGUACUCUGGUUACAACGCUGCAGAUGUUUAAAAUACUGGCCCUGAACGCUCUCAUCCUGGCCUACGGACAGAGCGUUUUGUAUCUGGAGGGGGUAAAGUUUAGCGACUUCCAAGCUACAUUACAAGGGCUACUUCUGGCCGGCUGCUUCCUCUUCAUCUCCCGAUCUAAGCCUCUCAAAUACCUCUCCAGUGAGCGUCCUUUGCCUAACAUCUUCAACUUGUACACCAUCCUGACGGUGAUUUUGCAGUUCCUUGUCCAUUUUGGCAGUCUUAUAUAUUUAUACCGAGAGGCACUCGAUAGAACUGAACCCAGGAAGGGCGAGUUUGUGGACUUGUAUAAGGAGUUUGAGCCGAGCCUGGUGAACAGCACCGUGUACAUAAUGUCCAUGGCCAUGCAGAUGGCCACAUUUGCCAUCAACUAUAAGGGUCAUCCUUUCAUGGAAAGCCUAAGAGAGAACAAGCCGUUGCUGUGGAGCAUUGUGCUGUCCGGGAUGGCUAUUGUCUGCCUCCUGUCUGGAACAUCUCCAGAGUUCAAUGAUCAGUUUGGCCUGGUGGACAUCCCUGUGGAGUUCAAGCUGGUUAUUGCCACAGUUCUGUCUGUGGAUUUCUGCUUGGCCUGGAUGGUGGACCGAAUCCUCCAGUAUUUCUUGGGGAGCUGUAACCUCAAAGUGCCUUCAUGAACCCAGACAGCAAGGAGUUAACACUGCCCACAACAUGGCUCCAUCCAUAGGUCAGUCUUCAUUUCCCAAAGCACGUACGGCGGCCCCUCGACAAGAGGAAUUUCUGGAAACUGCAUUCUGUGACAAGAUGAAGAAAACUCAACACUUGAAGAAGUCACCACAUGCUCGGGACGUGACAAACUGAUCUUUUUUUGUUUUUCUACUCGAAAUCGCUUUUGGAAAGCGCAAACGAUUUGUAAAAUAAACAUCAUUGAUGAAUUUUA